AUGGCUGUCAAAGAGACUGUGCAAAAAUGCUUGACACUCUUCUUCGUCAUCAACAUAAUCAUCACCACCAUCAUUAUCAACAUCAUCAUCAAAAUCACCAUCAAUAUCAUCAUCAGCAUCAAUACCACCAUUGUCAUAAUCAUCAAAAUCACCAUCAAUAUCAUCAUCAUCAAUAUCAACAUCAGCAUCAUCCACACCAUCAUCAGCAUCAAUACCAUCGUCAAUAACAUCAUCAAUAUCAGCAACAUCGCCAUCAUCAAUAACAACAUCAUCAAAAAUAACAGCAUCAUCAUCAUCACCAACAUCAAUAACAUAAUCAACAUCACCAUUAUCAGCGUCAUCAUCAUCAACAUCAUCAAUAACAACAUAAUCAUCACCAUCAAAAUCACCAACAACACCAUCAUCAAUAACAACAUAAUCAACAUCACCAUUAUCCGCAUCAUCAUCACCAUCUACAUCACCAUCAUCAAUAACAUCAUCAUCAUCAAUAACAUCAACAUCAUCACCGUCAUUAACAACAACAUCAUCAUCAUCAACAUCAUCAAUAACAAUCAUCAACAUCACCAUUAUCAGCAUCAUCAUCAUCAUCAAUAA